AUGCGGGUGUCGAACACAUUGUCGCUCGAAUGGCCCAGCCGUUUGCGGCUCGGACCACAUUUCGUAUGCCUCCACCUGUCAUCUUCUUGUCAGGGCUUGCUUGUUGGCGAAGAAAGGCAUCGUACUACGUCUAGUGGCUAA